AGAAACCGAGGCCGCGAUCCGUCCAGCCGCGCUGUCUUUUAGCGCCCCCUGGUGGCCAGCGGGCUCCGGGCCGCGGCCGCCGGAAUCCGCUUUUGCUUUCGCUUUCCGCAGCCGCGCGGUGUCUCGACGAGAGGACGACGAGUCUGAAGGUCGGAGGAGGCGGGCAGCAGGGCGGGUGGAGAAAAGCCGCCGAGGGACGGGAGGAAGCCAGACCCCGGGAGCGGAGAGAGGCGAGGGAGGAAGGAGUCGCGCUGCCCGCCGCGGGAAGCACGUAAGAUUUCUGGUUUGGCUCCACAACUCCAAUCCUGUUGCACUGUUUAUUGGAUGUCCCAUCCUGUUGAUCGUAUUGAGUCACCCUGUGUAAUCCUCCUCGAGCCCAAGAGAGAAAGAACUUCCAGAUCUAUGGCUAUGGAAGAAUUCCAGGUCGCUAUCCAUCAGGGGAAGUUGUCAGACGCCAUCUCCGUGGUGCAGGCGAAACCCGCGCAGUAUUUCAGCAACACGCCGCUCAAUGUCGCCAUAGUGGGUGAGCCAGGGUCGGGGAAGUCCUCCUUUGUCAACAGCAUGCUGGGGAAACGCUCCGGCGAGCCGGGCUCCGCCGAGACCGGCAUUCAGGCGACAACAACAAAGGCCAAGGAUUACCCACUUCUGAUGCUUCCACAAGUCAUCCUCUGGGACUUGCCUGGGAGAGAAGAAUCUUACGGCUCCCGCGUUAAUCAGGUGGACCUGAACCGCUUUGACUUCUUCAUCAUCGUUGGCUACCAGCGUUUCCGGACUGUCCACGCUGAGCUGGCCCACGAGAUCCAGGCGAUGGGCAAGAGGUUCUACUUUGUGCGGGCCAAAACAGACCUCGACCUGGAGGCCUCCCGGAGACGGCAGGCAUCGGGCUAUGACGAUCAGAAGGUCCUCCAGCGCAUCAGGGAGGACUGCGUGACGUGCUUGCUGAACGAAAACGUGAUCGACCCCCAAGUCUUCCUGGUGUCCAACUGGGACCCCCAGAGCUUGGACUUCCCCCUCCUGUUGCAGAAGCUCCAGAGCGACCUCUUGUGGCUGAAGAGGCAAGCAUUCAUUUUCAGCCUGCCUUCCCUCGCUGCACCUGUCUUGGAGAACAAGAAGGCCGCGAUGAAGGGGAAGAUUUGGAUCAAAGUCCUGUUCUGUGGGUUUUUGGGUUUGCUGCCUGUGCCAGGGUUCUCGUUCAUUGUUGCCAUGUUCUUCUUUGUGAAGUUCCGUUCUCAGUGCUACCAAGUGUUCGGCCUGGACUACCCGUCGCUCACAGCUCUAGCAAGGGAUGUUGGGAAGCCGGUGACGGCCCUUCAGGCAGUGAUGGCAUCCAAAUCACUAAUGCCCAUCAUUCUCUGGAGGCUUCCCGACCUCGUGGGAGCCACUCUGAUGAUGGUGGAGUAUUGUUUGUGGAAACGCUUCCCCUUCGCCGGCUGCUUGGUGUCAGGAGGCAGCUCGUUUCUUACCAGCUACUACAUGCUGCAUAGAUGCCUAACAGCCGUCGUCAAAGACACCCUAAAUGUCCUCUCCAGAGCUCUAGAAGGCAGAGAGAGGACGCCAAUCUAGAAGAUGCCAGUGUAAAAGCAGAUGCAGUAACAGGGUAUUCUGUGAUACUGCAGUCAGGUCCUGGAAAGAGGGGACUGGGUUUGGUGUUAGAGGAGUUUGCUAAGACUCUGCAUGACCCUCACCCUUUCCCCAAGUUCAGUCUGGGAGAUACAAGACUCAUUCUUUAUUUUUAUUUGGAAAAUCAUUCAUCCAUUCUGUCCCCAAACAUAAUUUACCCUUCUCUCUGUUUAGAGUACAUCCACGUUCCUAACAGGGAGAAAAGGAAAACAAAGCACAUACUCUGAGAGAGAAUAUGGCACCAACCCUUGACUGAGGUAAUGGUGCUAAGAGAUCAGAGGCCGAAGAACAGAUUUAAACGUUGGGGGGGGGGGGUCUGUAGAGAGCCAGUUUGGUGUAGUGGUUAAGUGCG